UUGAGGGCGUUGACUUUAAAAGCUGCGGUGAGUCUGAUGUUCGACUCUCUUGCGAGCACAACCGCACAGUUCUGUACUUAGGACCCAACUCCAACAAAUAUUAUGUAGCCGAAGAAAGCAUCAGGAAGAUCAUGCACUCAAAAUCGAUUCGUAUUAUGGAUCCUGGGGUUGUGAAGAACAACUGCUCCACUGUUCCACUGUACUCAAUUCUUGACUUUUCAUAUAGUCCUCUAAGCCCUGGUUCUGACGCUUUUCUGUUGAUUUUUGUGACUUGUAAGAGACCAGUCCAUUCUUCUAUGUAUGUAGACACCUCUCCUUGUUUAACCGCCAGGGAAUUUUCCAAUCAGGAAAUUGCUUAUCAGAGCAAUUACAGUUAUGUAGUGGUCAGUAAAUCUUCGGAUCUGGUGGCAUCUGAUAUCGAAGAGACAUGUACCAUCCACAAAAUCAUUACUUCACGGUUUCAGCACUCUCUGAAUGUCAACCUUUCUUUCCAGGACAUCCAUGACGCCAUGGCAUCUGGUUUUGAGCUUAAAUGGGGUUAUAUGAACAUAUGCGAGGCGUCAAUUUUCAAAUGUUUAGCAGUAUACAUUAGUGGUCUGGGCCCGUUCGUAGGUUUUGCCAUUGGAGCAAGAGCAAUUAUUGGUGCUAUAUUACUAGUUGCAUUUCUCAUCUAUAAGUGCCAACGAAGGCAUUUAUCGGUAUAUGAUGCUAUAGAAGAGUAUCUCCAAAGUCGCAACAACUUGAUCCCUAUCAGGUACUCCUAUAAACAAAUCAAGAAGAUGACCAACAAUUUUAAGGAAAAGUUAGGAGAAGGUGGUUAUGGUUGUGUAUACAAAGCAAAAUUGCGGAGUGGUGAACUAGUGGCAAUCAAGAUGUUGAACAAGUCCAAAGCUAAUGGCCAAGAAUUCAUCAAUGAGGUUGCAGCUCUUGGAAGAAUUCACCACGUUAAUGUGGUGCGAUUAGUGGGGUUUUGUGUAACUGCCUCAAAGCAUGCACUCGUCUACGAUUACAUGCCCAAUGGAUCCCUAGAAAAGUUCAUUUUCUCCAAACGUCUGGAUGGAAAUCCAUUAAGUUGGAAGAAGGCAACCGAGAUCGCCAUGGGUGUAGCUCGAGGGAUUGAAUACUUGCAUCAAGGCUGCAGCAUGCAAAUUUUGCAUUUUGACAUAAAGCCACACAACAUCUUACUUGAUGAAAACUUCACGCCAAAGGUUUCUGACUUUGGACUGGCUAAAUUACAUCCUGUUCAAAAUAAUACUGUAAUUCUAAGUGCUGUGAGAGGAACAUUAGGAUACAUGGCUCCAGAAUUGUUCUACAAAAGGGUUGGAAAAGUCUCAUCCAAGGCUGAUGUAUAUAGCUUCGGAAUGCUGCUUAUGGAGUUGGUAGGAAGGAGGAGAAACCUGAAUGCACAUGCUGAGCAUUCAAGCCAAAUGUACUUCCCUUCAUGGAUAUAUGACAAAUUUGACCAAGGAGAGAACCUGGAAAUUGAAAAUGCAACUGAAGAUGAAAACAGAACUGCAAGAAAAUUAAUUUUGAUUGCAUUGUGGUGUAUACAGAUGACGCCAGAUGAUCGGCCUUCAAUGAGAGAAGUUGUGGAAAUGCUACAAGGUGAUCUCACAGCCUUGCAGUUGGCACCAAAACCUCUGUUUUAUCCUCCGGAUUCCCCUCGGCUGGUGCAGAGCAAUAGCUAUAGUAGUACUUGCCAAGAGUCAACAGUUGACUCUGUAUCUCUUGAAGAAACAGAGUAAGAUGAUGCAGCUUAAUGUCAAUGUCACAGCCUGUACAAUGUCCCUGUUUGCUAUACAAUUAUCUAGUCAUGUAAUAUAUAUAGCUCGUAACAUUUUGAACUUACAUAGAUAUAUAUUUGACUACAAAUAAUGGCAGAGUCAGGACUCUAAAGUUAGAAGGGUCAA